UCGAACGACUGAAUCUGGGACCCAUAAUGCAUUGCGAUGGCGGGUAGGCGUGUGUAGGCGGAGCCAGGGCCGGAAGUAGAACGGUGGCGGCGGCGGUGACUCGGACAGCUGGGGACUCUGUGCAAGGCCAGUCAUGGUGUGUCUACUACCAGUGGAAAGUCUGACGUCAGGAUGGUGAUGAAGAUGACAAUGGUGGUGAUAUAAUCUGGUACCACAGAAUCGCCAUGAUUCUUCAGAGGCUCUUCAGGCUCUCCUCCAUCCUGCGGUCGGCAGUCUCGGUGCAUUUUCGGAGGAACUUUGGUGUUACAGCAGUGGCCUUUAAUAAGGAUCUUGAUCCUAUACAGAAACUCUUCGUGGACAAGAUAAGAGAGUACAAAUCUAAGCGACAGGCAUCCGGAGGACCUGUUGAUACCGGCCCUGAGUAUCAGCAAGAGCUAGAGAGAGAGCUAUUUAAGCUCAAACAAAUGUAUGGUAAAGGAGACAUGAAUACGUUCCCUACCUUCAAAUUUGAAGAUCCCAAAUUUGAAGUCAUUGAAAAACCCCAGUCCUGAAGGAGUAAUAAAAAAAUCAUCUGGUAAUUUGUCGUGAAUAAAUUGUAUAGCUAAUUAGAAAAAUGUGAAUAAACAUUCAUUUCACAAUGA